AUGGCACCCGUCGCAGUCGCCCCCACUACCACCACUGUAUUCGUUAGCACCCUUAAGACAGUUGUUGUCUCUCCACAAGCCAAUACUCUCCACGACGUCAUCGCUCAAGCUGUCGACCAGUAUCCCUUGCACGAGCUUGGUUUCAUAACCUCCUCGGCACAUGACUCCUCCAUACAGACAAAGACUUUCAGCGCGUUCAACCAAAAUGUUCGCAACCUUGCACGUGCGAUGCUCGAGUGGGGAAAGCCCACAGGGUCAGUUAUUGUAGUGUACCUGACCGAGCACGAAGACAAUAUGGCUGCAGUGUGGGCAUGCCUGUUGGCUGGGUAUGUGCCCUGCUUGCAGCCGGCACUUAGCGCACAACAGGCGCACAAGGAGGGUCACGUGGCCCAUAUCAAGAACUUGUUCGGAUCAGCUAUUUGGCUGACCAGCGAGGUUGGCGCAGAGCAGAUCAGCUCGAUCUCUGGUCUGGAGGUUCACCUGCUCUCCGAAUUAAAAUCGUCUGCAGAGAGCUUUACCGUGGCAGCCGACUGGGUUGCGUAUGAGGCCAAGCCAGACGAUGAGGCCAUUCUAUUCCUGACCUCAGGGUCAACUGGAUUCUCAAAGGCGGUCGUGCACACGCACCGUACCAUCCUUGCUGCUUGCCGUGCCAAGGGCCAAAGCUACGGCCUGACUUCCGAGUCUCAAGUAUUAAACUGGGUUGGAUUUGAUCAUGUCGCGGGAUCGUUGGAAAUGCACAUAACCCCCCUGCUAUACGGUGCUUCGCAACUCCACGUGCAUGCAUCUGCCAUUCUGGCCGAUCCCCUUCGGCUGCUCCGUCUGAUCGAUGAAAAGUCCAUAGAACUAGCGUUCGCGCCCAACUUCUUGCUCUCCAAACUGACUCGUGAUCUCGAGAAGCGCACGGACCUGUACGGAUGCUUCGACCUAUCCUCAAUCAAGCGCAUCAACAGCGGAGGUGAAGCAGUGGUUUCCAAAACCGCGCAAGCCUUUGCUGCUACAAUGAAAAAGCUCAGCGAGAACCCCUCCGCGGUGUCGUUCGUCAUCUCUGCUGGAUUUGGAAUGACCGAAACUUGUGCCGGAUGCAUUUACGACCCUGUUGAUGUCCUCGCAACCGAGCCUGCUCACGAGUUCCUUGAUCUCGGACGUCCCAUCAACGGAUGCGAGAUGCGCAUCGUUGAUCCCGCUGAUGGUGCUACCCUGCGCCCCGACGGUGAGAGUGGCGAGCUUCAGGUCCGCGGACCGAUGGUCUUCGUACGCUACUACAACAACGCCGAGGCCACGUCCUCGAGCUUUGUCGAGGGCGGCUGGUACCGCACCGGUGAUGUAGGCAUCGUCGAGAACGGCGUCAUGCGCCUCAGCGGUCGUAUCAAGGACACCGUCAUCGUCCAUGGUGUCUCAUAUGGUAUCCCUGAGCUCGAGACACACCUCCAGACCGAGACUGAAGGAUUCAUCAUUUUCUACUCGCCAACUUUCGAUCUCGACGGACCAGAUGCCUCAACGAAACUGUUUGCCACGCACCGCGCCUUACGGGAUAUCUCUGUGAAAAUGAUCACUCUGCCUCCCCAGAUCGUCAUUCCUAUCCCCGUCAACCAGAUGGAGAAGACCACUCUCGGAAAGCUGUCUCGGGCGCGUCUGAUCAGCCUCUUCAAGCAAGGAGGUCUUGCGAAGCACAUCGCCCGCGCUGAGGAGCUUCUCAGCGAGGCACGCGGCGUUUCGUUCGUCACGCCAUCCACCGAGAUCGGAGAAGGCGCUUGCCAAGAUAUAUGCAGGGCAUCUUCAACCUCCCGGAAAGCGAGGUCUCAGCGAGCGACAACUUUUUCGAACUCGGCGGCACUUCUAUUGAUGUCAUCAGGCUCAAGCGCGAGGGAGAGGAACACUUCGGGCCUGCCUGAAAUCCCAACCAUUCAAAUCCUCAAGCACCCCGUCGUCUCGAGCCUGGCCAACUACGUCAACGCGCUGCUGUCCAAGGACAGCCAGACUGAGGAACGCCGAUCUUCUUCGUGCACCCCGGUGUCGGAGAAGGUUCUCAUCUUCGUCAACCUCGCCAAGUACUUCCAGAAUGAGCGUCCGUUCUACGCUCUCCGUGCUCGUGGCUUCGAGCCCGGCCACCCCUUCUUCACAUCCAUGGACGAGAUGGUUUCCUGCUAUGCUGCAGCAGUCAAGAGGACGCAGGAGACGGGACCAUACGCCAUCGCCGGGUACAGUUACGGCGGUGUCGUCGCGUUUGAAGUCGCCAAGCGGCUCGAGGCCAUGGGCGACGAAGUCAAGUUCGUCGGUCUCAUCAACAUUCCUCCUCAUAUCGCCGACCGCAUGCACGAGAUCGACUGGACGGGCGGCAUGCUCAACUUGUCGUACUUCCUCGGUCUCGUGUCGAAGCAUGACGCGAACGAUCUGACUCCUGCUCUGAGACCGAUGACGAGGAAGGAGCAGCUCGAUGUGGUGUGGAAGCUGUCGCCUCCUGACCGUCUCGUCGAGCUCCAGCUGACGCCCGAGAAGCUUGACCACUGGGUGGACAUCGCCGGGUCUCUGAUUGAGUGCGGGAAGGACUACAACCCAUCGGGCUCAGUUUCUGCAGUUGAUGUUUUCUACGCCAUUCCUCUUAAGGGAAGCAAGUCUGACUGGUUGAACAACCAGCUUAAGCCAUGGUCUGGCUUCAGCCGGGGCGAGCCGUCAUAUACUGACGUUCCUGGGCAACACUACACGCUCAUGGACUUCGACCACGUCCCGCAGUUCCAGAAGAUCUUCCGUGGUCGUCUUGAGGCUCGUGGGCUGUAA